AUGUCGAAACCAGAGCCUAUUUGGCAACAUCUUCCAUUUCAUUUCAAAGAAGAUGUCGUCUCGUACCUUGACUUCAAAUCAAAAUGUUCUCUUCGCAUGUGUUCGAAAGAUGAUCAAAAAGUUGUAGAUUCUCGUCCAAUUACAAUCGAUUAUUUUGGUCUAAAUCUAACCGAACGUCCUGUCGAUGAUGUUCACAAGAAUACUCCAGCGGAAAUCGUUUUAAGAGAUAAGGAUGUGACAAUGUCCAAAUUCUUCUCUCCUCAUUCUGCCAUUGUAUACUUUAUGAAAAUUUUCAAACUUGAUAAGAAAUUUAAAGUGAAUACUCUCAACAUUCAUGUAUGGAACUAUAAUCUACACAGUAACCACUUCAAGUUUUUCAAGAAUUUUCUGGAGUGUAUGAAUACUGAAAAAGUUAGACCAAAGAUUCGCAAUUUCGAACUGCCGACCAGUUUCAUGGACGAGAAACAAUUGGAAUCUUUGGUUAGAGCAGUUAAUAUAGAACAUUUGGAAACAAUGAGUCUCGGCUGUGCGACAAGGUUCCAAUUGGAGAAUUUGGCAAGAUCGGAGCAAUGGACUAAAGUGAAGGCGUUGAAGCUGCAUACAAGAGAUCAAAUAGAUCCGAGAUGGGUUUCGCAUAUUCAGAGACUGAAUAUUAGAGUUGGAAAGUUGAGUCCAGGUUGUAUUUCUUCGUUGUUAAAGGACUUAUUAUCAAAUAAUGUUCCUCAUGGAUCUUUUAUAUCUGUCUCUACGUACUAUCCAGUUGUGAACACCCGAAAUGCGACAUUGAACAACAUUUUCAAAAAGUUACCGUUCACUGCAAAAAAUGACCAAAUCGAUUUGGCUACAAUAACCAAUUCAACUAUUAAGAAAUUUCUGGAAUCCCCUCUUUACACCCAAAAAAUCCAAAUAAGCGAUGAGAACAAUUUACUUUUUGUGAUCAUUUGUGAAAGGGGUUUCGGGGCACUUGUAUGUCGGGAUAAUUAUUUCGAGGAUGAUUUAAAAUCAUUUAUUUGUGAAUAA